AUGUCAUACUUCUGUACUGCAGCUGGCUGUCAAUGUCAAAAUGUGAUACAAUAAUUUUGCUUUGUUUCUGUUUUCCGUGUCCGUAAACUAUUGUUUUUAAGGCUGAAUGUUUCCAAAAUGUCAUUAGUUUUGAGAAGAACGUAUCUUAAAGCUAAAAAUAACCUACUGUCUUCCAGCAAUGGCAAUAACUCGAUUUCCAGUCCAUUACUUACAUUUGCGCCUCGAAUGGUGAGUGACGACAAAUCUGGCAAUAAUCCACAUUUCAGCAGUAGUACAAUAUUAAUAGAAAACGGAUUUAAUGUGCAAGAACUUCCUGUUAUUAUAAAAAGGUUAAAAAACCUUUCGGAUAUUGAUGACAAGCCGAAUGAAGACCAAUCAACAAGUGGACACGAUUCUCUCAACUAUCAGCUGAUUCAAGAAGAGUUCAAGCAAUGCUUGGAUCUACGGGAUGUAUUCUCGUUACUAUCAAAGUGUACAAAAAUAACUCCAAACAUUGCGCUUGGUGCCAUUGAACGCAUAUAUGAUAUUGAAAAAAAUCCAAGCUCUUUAUUUUUGGAUUCUAAAACUAUGCACAUUAAUUUAGCUAAAGGAGCCAUUUUAGACAAACUCUUGAAGGUCGUACUGAAGACUGAAGAUACACAAACAAUAUUGAACAUCCUGAACACCAUGUCUACCUUUAUGGAUCCAUACAAAUACAAGUUUCAUGAUGAAUUACUUUUAAGAGUUAUUGACAACAGGCUGUCUAUUGAACAGCUGUGUGAAUUUACAACCUUUCUUAUAAGUAACAAGAAUGAUGUCAAGUACUCAGACUCAAUCGACAAGCUCUGGGUGGGGUUUGUGGCUAGGGAACAUGAAAUAGAUGAAACAAAUAUUGUACAAGUUUUUGAUAUAUUGAAUGGGUUAAAAGUCAGCAAAAGAAUCAUUCUUACUUUACUGGAACAGAAGCUCUGUGAUCUAUGGAGUAAGAUUAAAGUUCCUGUGAUGCAGGACAUUAUGAGCACAUUUGUUCAAGAGAAAUAUUUAUCUGUCCAAUCAUUUGGUGUGGUCGGGAGUUGGCUCUGUGCUAACAUACAUGCCCUUGAUGAGGAUUCCUUACUGGAUAUAAUUUCUAAACUAACAAGACUUAAAUACACUGAUGACCAAAUUGAGAAGGCUGUGGAAAAGUAUAUGAAAUUAAAAGGCUCAAAGAUUGAAAGUCAUGUUCUUGUUGUAGGAAUUUUGAACUAUUGUAUGCAAUUCCAAAUUUGUAAUGAAAUCGUAUUAAAUGCUUGCAGUGAUUUCUUUAUGAGAAACUGGCAGAUAGUCCCUCCAAGUUUUUACAAAUCAUUUAUAUACCCGUAUGGCUAUUUGUAUUUUGAACCUGUGAACGGUUCCACGUUUUGGAAUCUCAUUGAUAAGGUUUUAAAUGAGAAGUUUGACAAAAUAUGCAGCAGUGACCUUAGUUUAAUGACAUUGUCGUUAAUUUAUAUUGGCAAGUAUCCAGCCAGUUUAGUGAGCAGAAUGCUCAGCCCCGAGUACCUGUCUAAAGUAAACAACUCUGAAAUAAUGAAGAGGUUUUGUUUAAUUGAUACUGCAAUGACAUUGCAGUGUGAUAAGUAUAUGGGUCCAUUGUUACCAAAAGACCAAUGGCCCAAACCCAUAUCCCAAGAUUUCCGCAUUAGAAAUAUUUUGGAGAAAAUAAUGGAAAGCCUGGUAGUAGCAGCGGGUGGGAAAGAUAAAUUGUCCAUAGCUGUAUCUGUUCCUUACCUACCAUCUGAUGAGACAUACUUACUGGAUGUCAUGCUACACCCUGAAGGUCUGGGCAGCAGCACAGUCAACUGGAAGUCAAAGUCUGUGAGAAAUGAAAAUAUUGCCAUUCUAAUACAUUUGCCUGAUCAUUAUUGUUCAAACAAUGAACAGCUGAUUGGCCCACAAGUCAUGAAAAAAACACACCUCAAAAUUCUAGGCAUGAAAGUCGUAAGCUUGAAGUAUUCCCUACUUAGUCAAUUUUAUACUUCAUUCAAUAAGGCUGGAUUAAGGGAAUAUUUAUCUGAGAAAAUAAAUAAUGCUGAGCCAUGCACCUAGGAAUCCUCAAAAUGUGUAUGUUUUAAAUAGGUAGUUUUAUUAGUACUAUUUAUUAUUAUUAGUAUUUGGGUGUUUAUAUAGUUGUAGUUUAAGAUAUACAAAUUAUUUUUCUAGUCUUAAGGUUAAGGCCUAACCAUUAAAAAUUGUAAAAAUGUAACUAUUUUGUUAUUCCGUUUUACUCAGUUAUAUAAUUUAAAUAGAAUUGUUAGUGAUGUUAAACUUGUUCUAAAAUUUAGGUAUUCAAUUGGUGAUGUGAUGCAAUAUGUUGGUAAUUUGAAUACUUCAACUUAGAAACUGUUAAAAAUAUAUUUUUAUAUUGCAUA